CACGACAGAGCCUCAUGCCGAACCUCCCUCUAUUGAUCUCACACGUUUAUCUUUCGGCGCUGUGAUCUGACUUCGCGCUUCCAUCAGGUACUUUGGACUUUGAACACAGGAUCAUUGAUAUUGACGAAGACUUGCCACGACUGGAAUAUAAAGACGAGACCGGACGCAACGGCAUCCCCUCCCUUCUCUCUUCUCAUACUACCACACCUUGAUAUUCUUCUAUUUCCUCCCUUACCACUAUGGAUCGACGAGAAGUUCUCUCGAAAGGUUCUGCCUUGCAAAAGGCCAUAGCUGCCAAAGAACCGUCAGAAAAUAUAUUGACCAUAUUGCGCGAUUUAAAAGCAAAUGUCAGGCCAAGCGAAGAACUAUUAAGAGCAACCAGUAUUGGCAAGGUCGUGAACAAGGUCAAGAGUAUUCCCAACCUUGACCCACAAGUAGGGCAACUGGCCUCCGAAAUAAUCAGCAGAUGGAGGCAUGUGGUCAACGAGCAGAAAUUAGCAAGUGGCACAUCUACCCCCGUUGGCGCGCGAACGAAUGGCACAAGCUCUCCCGCACCAAAAGCUGGGACACCAACACCGAAAGCUGCCAGCCCGGGCGUCGCUCCAGACAAGCGGAAUUGGAAAGCUGAUAAAGUCCGUCGAGAUGAGAUCACAAAUGAUUCGGCGCGGAACAAUUGCAUUGGUCUGAUCUAUGAUGGACUGUGUCUCGGUUCCGAGCUCCCGACGAAGCACAUCCUUGACCUCGCACAACAAGUUGAAUCCGCCGCUCUGAACCUCCCCGAAGCGAAAGGCUCUUCUGCAUCAGCCGUGUACAAGGAGAAGAUGCGCUCGCUAUAUCAGAACCUCAAGAAUAAGUCAAAUCCGGGUCUGCGCAAACGAAUCCUUAACGGGGAGAUCUCAGCUGCCAGAUUCGUUACAAUGAGCCAUGAGGAAAUGAAAUCCCAGCAGCAACGGGAGGAAGACCGUAAGAUUGCAAAGGAAAAUAUGGACAAGGCCAUGGUUGCACAAGAGGAGAAGAGUGUCAGUACGAGUCUCGAGUGUGGCAAGUGUCACCAGAAGAAGGUCAGCUAUUCGCAAGCUCAGACAAGGAGUGCUGAUGAGCCGAUGACGACGUUCUGCGAAUGUUUGAACUGUGGCAAUAGGUGGAAGUUCUCUUGAAAUGACGAUAUGUGUCGGAAUAUUUGGUGCUUCUGAGAGCUUCCUGGCCAGAAUCAGCUAGGUUAGCACACGCCAUGGAAAUAUCACAGAACCACCGAGAUUGCUCUUUUGGCAGAUGUGGCUGAUGAGUCCUGUGCCUGUGAGACUUUCUCGACAUUACGGUGGGAGGUCCACUGCUAUUGAUCCUGCUUUGGAAGAACAGUAUUCUGCAGACCUUGCUACGGAGGCUCUCCCUGCGUUUGGACCGGAAUUAGGGGUACCUACUCGUCGUCGAGCAAACAGUCAAGGGUCGCAGAUGCACAGAUAAGGCAGGGACCAUGUUGAGCUGCAAUGCAUUGAGCAAGGGGUCUGGCACUCCACCAAAGGUCUUAUAGUUAGGCUUGGUUUAUUAUUGCCCUUCAUGUAUUAGAGAAUGCAAUGACAUGAUGAGGAGUAUACCCAGUAUGUCGUCGGUUGGAAUGCAGACUUGUGCAACAAAGAGGUUGAGGUUGUGGCAGCUCGAUCGCGACCAUGUCCUGCG